UUGCCCAUGCGCAGUAAGUCCUUGUAGUGUUUUGGUUUUUCGCGUGUGUGCAUGUGUGUCCAGGGCGGUAAUCUAUCUAUAGUCGUUUCCCAUCUUCCUUAAUACAGUGUUUUCCCCCGUUGUAAUCGCUAUAUUUAUUGAAUUUAUAGUCGACUUACAGUUGCCGCUCCAAAGUCACAAGUGUGUGACACGAAGGCUGAAGUGGGAAGAAGCUAGUGUUAGCUUUAGCAUCAUGGUCCCUAUCGUGGAGCUGAUUGCUGGCAGCUACGAGCAAGUCGCUUUUGGCUACCGUGUUCAACCUGGCGAGAAGGAGUGGGUCGCCAAGGCAAACUUCACACACCAUGCACACACCGCAUCUGUCUCAGCGGUGGCGGCCAGCGAGAGGUUCGUUGUCACUGGCAGCAAAGAUGAGACCAUCCAGCUGUAUGACAUGAAGAAGAAAGUGGAACAUGGCGCUUUGCUGCGUCACAAUGGCUCCAUCACCUGCCUGGAGUUCUACAGCCCAACACAUUUGCUGAGUGGAGGGGAGGAUGGACUGAUUUGUGUGUGGAGCACAAAGAAGUGGGUGUGCCUCCAGUCCAUCAAAGCUCACAAAGGCCACGUCACGUCGCUGUCUGUGCAUCCGUCCGGGAAGCUUGCGCUGUCAGUGGGCACAGAUAAGACCCUCAGAACAUGGAAUCUAAUGACUGGAAGAUGUGCCUUCAUCAAGAACAUAAAACGCAUUGCACACAUUGUACGGUGGUCGCCAGACGGCGACAAAUACGUCGUGGUCAUCAACGACCAGCUGGAUCUUUACCACCUGGACACGGCCUCGGUGACCAAUACGCUCAAGAACCCCAAGAGGAUCUCAUCGGUCAAAUUCUUAAGCAAUGCAAUCCUGGUGGUUGCAGGUGAUGAUGAAAUAGUGAGACUGUGUGACGUUGACAAGGAGAAAUGGGUGUGUGAGUUCAAGGCUCAUGAAACCAGGGUGAAAGCGGUGGAUGGCUUCAACAUGGACGACGACUACUGCGUGAUGGUCACGGCUUCCAACGACGGAUUCAUCAAAAUGUGGAAGAUGCAUCUGAAUGAAGAGCUGGAAUGUCCCACCCUCCUGGGGGAAGUGAACACCACGGCCAGGCUGACUUGUUUGGCUGUGUGGAAACCUUCACAGCAAGUACAGCAGAGCACAGAAGAAGAAAGCACCAAGGCAACUACGUGUGAAGAAGUUGCUCAGGAGCUCAUAAAGACCAGGAGAGUCCGCAUUGCUACAGAGGAAGUUGUCAUGGAAGAUGAAAGCAAACCCAAAAAGAGAAAGGUCGGUGGAAAACGGCAAAAAACGAAAUAAAAAGUUUUGCACCCCUUUCUGCAAGGACAUGCUUUGUCGGGUGGA